AUGCAGAUUUCUCACCAAACCCAUGUAUUUUCCUUCACUUUCUUUUUUCUUCUCCUUUCACUACUCUCCAAGUCUGAGCUAACUUCAAGUGAAUCAAACACUCUCAUUGAAAUCCAGAAGCAACUACAAUAUUCAAAGAUUCUUCAAUCAUGGACCAACACAACCAACUUCUGUCACAUUCCACCUUCUCCUUCCUUCAGAAUCAUCUGUUUCAACGGUCACAUAACUGAAUUAACCGUUGCCGGAAACAGAACCAGUAAACUCUCCGGAAAUUCCGACGAACUCUUCACUCUUCUUACAAAACUCUCAACCUUAAACACUUUGUCUCUUACCUCACUCGGAAUCUCUGGUCCUCUCUCUCCUGAACUCAUCACAAAGUUAUCUCCUUCUCUCGAAUCUCUUAACCUCAGCUCUAACUUCAUCUCCGGGAAAAUCCCAAAAGAGAUUUCGUCUUUGACGAAUCUCAAAACUCUUGUUUUAUCAGACAAUCAGUUCACAGGUUCUGUCUCUGAUCUCAGAGCAUUGUCCAAUCUUCAAGAGCUUGAUUUAGGAGGUAACAAUCUUGGUCCUGUAGUACCUUCACUCCCAAAGAAUCUCAUCACUCUUUCAUUGAAGAACAAUUCGUUUAGAUCCAAGAUUCCUGAACAGAUCAAGAAGCUGAAUAAGCUUCAAAGUCUAGACCUUUCUUCAAACGAAUUCACCGGUUCGAUUCCUGAGUUUCUGUUCUCUCUUCAAAAUCUCGAUUUGGCUCAGAAUCUGUUAAGUGGAUCACUUCCAAAUUCUUCUUGCAGCUCCUCUUCAAAGGUUAUAACUUUAGACGUUUCUCACAAUCUUUUAACCGGAAAGCUUCCUUCUUGCUACACUUCCAAGAAUCAGACAUUGCUCUUCUCAUUCAAUUGCUUGUCUUUAACUGGGACACCUAACGCGAAGUAUCAGCGUCCGCUUUCUUUCUGUCUAAACCAAGCAAGUAAAGCUAUAGCUGUGGAGCCUGUCCACAAGGUUGAAGAGAAAGAUUCUUCUGCAAGAAUCAAAAUCGGUUUAGUGAUUUUGAUAAUCAUCGGUGUGGUUAUCAUUGCAGCGAUUUUGGUUCUUUUGGUUUUGAUUGUCCUGAAAAGAAGAAGAUCAAAGUCAGAAGAAGAUACUUUUGAAGUAAACAACAAUAACAAUGAGAGACAUGUUUCUGAUAAACUCUCAGUUUGUAGCAACACAACUACAAGCACCAAGUCAUUACCAGAUUCAAGACGUGUACCACAGACAAUGAGAUCUGCAGUGAUUGGUUUGCCACCUUACCGCGUUUUCUCCUUAGAGGAUCUUGAAGAAGCGACUAAUGACUUUGAUGUAGCGAGUCUUUUCAGCGAACAGCUGUACAGAGGUUGUCUUAGAGAAGGCAUAGCAGUGACAGUAAGAUGUAUAAAGCUGAAGCAGAAGAGUUUACCACAUAGCUUAGCUCAACAGAUGGAAGUUUUAUCAAAGCUAAGGCAUAUGCAUUUGGUUAGUGUUCUUGGACAUUGCAUUGCGAGUAACCAAGACCAUAAUCAACACACUGGAAACACCAUCUUCAUUGUCCAAGAAUACAUUUCAAAAGGGUCGUUGAAGGACUUCCUCACAGAUUGCAAGAAGAAAGAGGUACUGAAAUGGCCUCAGAGAAUGGCGAUAGCUAUAGGAAUCGCUCGAGGGAUACAGUUCUUGCACAUGGGAGUAGCACCUGGAAUCUUUGGGAACAACUUGAAGAUAGAGAAUAUCCUGCUUGAUGAAACACUCACUGUAAAAAUCAGUGGCUAUACUAUUCCUUUACCAUCCAAGGUUGGAGCAGAGAGCCCUCAAGCAAAAAGUCCCCGAAGUAAUGAGGAUGGAGAGAAAGAAGAUGUAUACCAGUUUGGAGUGAUACUACUUCAGAUCAUUACAGGCCAAGUAGUUGCUGCAGGAUCUUCUGAGAUGGGAAGUUUGAAGCUUCAGCUGGAGAACAGUUUAAGAGAUGAACCAUCGGUAUUGAGUAGCUUGGCAGAUCCAACUGUUGAAGGAUCAUAUGCUUACGAGUCGCUGAGGACAACCGUGGAGUUUGCAAUCAACUGUCUUUGUGAAGAUCAGAGCAAGCGACCGUCGAUAGGAGAUGUUGUGUGGAAUCUGCAGUAUACAAUUCAAGUGCAGCUAGGAUGGACAACAAGCAGUGGGAAUCAUGAAGCAUCCAUGAAGGCAAUAUAUGAAUGA